UAUCAUCUGCUAUCGUUUGUAGAAAAUAUUAAAAAAGCGGGCAAAUAAAUUUGUUGGAAACGUCAGAAGUGUAGGUUGGAAACUAUUUUUUGAGUUUUUUUUAUCUGUAUCGCUAUGGUUUCUGGUUCUAUAAAACGUGGUGCAUUUAUUGUCUUGGAAGGAUGUGAUCGUUGUGGAAAAUCCACGCAAUCCCGCAGCUUGGUGGAAUUCUUACAAAACAACUCCGUACCCGUCAAAUAUAUGGCAUUUCCGGAGCGCACAUCAAAUAUCGGCCAGGUUAUAAAUGCAUAUCUGACCAAUAAGCAGCAAUUGAAUGAUGAAACCAUCCAUUUACUCUUUACCGCGAAUAGAUGGGAACAUAAAAAUGAAAUCAUUGAACAAUUAAAUUCAGGCACUACUCUAGUGGUAGAUCGCUAUUCAUACAGUGGCAUAGCAUAUAGCACGGCCAAAGGCAUGUCAAAAGAAUGGUGUAUGGGUCCCGAAACUGGUCUACCUAGGCCUGAUUUGGUUUUUUAUUUGAAAACGUCCAUUGACGCAUUGCUGGAUCGAGGAAAUUUUGGCGAAGAACGUUACGAAAGGGAGGAAUUUCAACAGAAAGUUGGCAAAGUCUUUGAUGACAUUUACAAUUCGGAAAAAAGCUAUUGGUAUGAAAUCGAUGCAAGUCAGCCAAAGGAAGUGAUACAUUCCAUUAUUAAGGAGAAAGCUUUGCAAGUAUUAAAGGAAGUUGAAACAACUGCAACCCGAAUAUUGAAAUGGACAGAAAAAUAUCAUGCAGAUGCAUGUUAAACAUUUGCAUGCGUUUUUAUUGAUGAUAUGUACAUUGAACACAUUCCCUACACGAAAAGCUCAAAAUAUUUGUACAUAUGUAUCGAUGACGCAGAUCUCGAACUCUGUAAUUAAUUUCAAAUAUCUGGCUGUUGGUUCAAACUUUUUUUUCAAAACAAAUAAUUUCUCUGCAGUACUAUAACCAAAAACUUUAAAAACUUAAUUUCAAUAAAAUGUUAAAAAUUGAUUAGACUAUACAAGGA